AUGCCAGCGGGCAGUUUAGCGGGAGGAAAGCGGCGGGAAAGGCUGCUCCCGGUUUUCCCCUUCCCUCCAUUCCCGCCUCGUCUCUUCCCCGCCGACGCCGAGAGGAAGAAUGCUGCGUUCCCCCCUCCGUCUCCCCUGCUUCCGAGAAGCCAGCUCCGCGCCCCUUCCCGUGGGAUUGCAAAGAUCGGCAUAGAAGAUAUGGAUGCCAUUGCCAAUGACUUAGUUGAACAAGAGAGCACUGGCAGCAUCCCCAGCCCGCUGUUCUCUGGUACAAAUCUGAACAAAAGACUCCGGUCCAAGGUGUGGGAUGACUUCAUACCCACCUUUGCCGAAGGGAGGAUCGUGCAGGCUAAAUGCAUGCACUGCCACCAGGUCUUCGGUGGCACCAAUGGCACUAGCAGCCUGCUACGGCACCUGGCCAGUUGCAUCCCUGCGACUCUCAAGAGGGCAAAGAUGCAGGAGCAUACAUCUUUGCCAUCUACACAGAAGGGCACGGUAUCAGCUGGCUCUGAUCCUAAACAGAAGAAGCUCCCAUUCUUGCCAUCUAACCAAAAGAAAUUUGUGGGCAAAGAUGACAUGACACCUGCGCAGAAGGAGCUUGCCUUGCCUGACACUCCCACCACCAUGACUAGGAUGAAUCAAGAGGUUGAUCAGAAUGGAUCUCAUGAGGAUCUUGCAGAGCAGAAGAAUCUAGCUUUACCUGGAAUUUCCACUGAUAACAAUUGGAGGAAUCAAUCUAACAAGGAAAACACAUCAGCUGAGCAGAUCGUAUUCCCUGCUGACAUGAGUCAAAAGCAUCAGGUGGAUGAGAAUGCUUCUCAUGAAGAACUUAUCAUGAUACUGGCCAUGCAUGGACACCUGCCAAAGAUGGUGGAUCAAGAUGGAUUCAGAGAGCUAGUUACUUGGUUGAAUCCUUUAGUCAAGAUGCCAUCCCAUAACGACCUGAUGAUGAACACUUUGAACUUGUUUCAGAAAGAAAAAUCCAAGCUUAUGCAGGAGUUUACAGUCUUACGCAGUCGUGUUUGCUUGAGUGUCUAUAUGUGGCACUAUGACCCAGUCUUGGCAUUCUUGUGCUUGAGAGUUCACUACAUCGAUGGUGAAUGGGAAAAGCAGCAAAAGGUCAUCACAUUCCGUGCCGUGGAUUCCUCCUGCAAUGCAAAGGAGCUGAGUGAUAUCAUAUCGGGAGCUGUUGAACAUUGGGGCCUCGAUGGCAAGGUUUUCUGCAUCAUAUUGGAUGAUGCAUUCAUUGAUAAUUCAGUGGCUUCGAGUGUCAAAGCCAACCUUCAGGAACGGAAUCCACUUUCUGCCAACCAGAGCUUGUUUGUGGUACGUUAUGCAACUCAUUUAGUUGACCAGGUUAUUCAGGUGGGGCUGGAUGAACUCGAGAUAACCUUGGAGAAGCUGUCAAAGUUCUCUAAGUGUACAAACGGUCGCACUCCUGCAGCAGUACAGUAUCCCAACUGCAGAUAUGCACCGUCAUCAGAAGAUUGGUUGACAGCAGGGAAGAUUUGUGAUAAAUUGGACAGUCUUCUUAAAGACGUGGGCUCCACAAAAAGAUACCCUACUCCAGCUCAUUUAUUUAACAUGCUGUGGAAUGUGAAGCAGCAUGUGCAUUUUGAAUCUCUUAUCUGCUGCUACAAGGAUGAUGACACAUUUUCCAAAAUACUGGAGAAGAUGCAAAAUAAGUUCAAGGAAAGCUGGAAGAUCUGCUUCUUCCAUUGCUGUAUGCCUAUGAUCAUGGAACCUGAAUACCGCCUGGAGCGCAUUAGGUCCUCCGUUUGGCUUUUUGGUUUGGAAAAAAACGAUGUGCUUGAUACAUUGGCCAGCCUCUUCAAUGAGUAUUUGGAUCAGGCAGAAGACCCUAACAACACUUCUGGGUCUAAAACUAGCAAGGGAACUGUUGUAGAUGUUGAUACGCUGGUGGAGUAUGAUCGUCAUUGGCACCGGUGUAGUGAGAGACCGAUGACUGAACUUGAUCAGUAUUUGCAAGCACCACAUCUCAUGACAAGUGAGCCCGUUGGUUUAAAAGGAGCAGCAGGUAAACCCAGUGAUCUCCAGUGGUGGAAGGAACACAGCAGGAACUAUCCCACGGUUGCUCGGAUGGCGCGCGAUGUGUUGGCACUACCAUGCAUUAGUGACUGGAAGGCUGCAACAAGAACCGCAACACUAGCAAUAUCCGAGUCCGGUAGUAAACAAUGGGUUGAAGAGCUUGUUUGUACUCAGGAUUGGCUGACACCAGCUGGUGCGAGCCAGGAGUCAACCGAUGAUCUUUAA